AUGGUCAACCAACCCAACUUCCGCAUCCUAUCCCCAAACGCCGCCAAAAACCUCGCGCAAAAGAAGAAGUCUGUCCCCGGUGGGAUAGUACCAGGCCAGCAGACACCCGGCGCCCCCUUAACGCCAGAGCCAAGCAUUCAGGGCCCAAAACUCACCCCGAAUCGACCCUUCAGCACUUUCUUCUCCAAUCUCCGACAACGCUAUGCCGCGCUCCCCAGACCAGUCCAGCGCACAUGUCGCGGGCUCCGGAUCCUGGCGCCCCUCGUCCCGAUCAGCCUUUUCUUCUCGGAACACGUUAUGCAGGUUAUGUGGGUUCGGGGACCGUCAAUGACACCCUACCUCAACGAAGAAUAUCCCGAAAACCACACGAAAAGUGAUAUGGUGCUGGUCAGCAUGAUGCCGUCGCGGGUUUGGCCGUGGGAGCAAACAAGACGGUUGGAGAGGGGGAUGGUCGUUACUUUCCGGUCUCCCGCCAAUUCCUCACACAUCGCUAUAAAACGUGUCGUCGGUCUUCCUGGUGACCGUGUCAUCACCCGCAAACCAUGUAUGAAAGAGUCUCAAAUUGUUCCGUUCAAUCAUGUUUGGCUGGAGGGGGAUGCGUCGGAUCCAGACCGAACGCUGGAUAGUAAUACCUACGGACCGGUCAGUAUCAGUCUUUUGACCGGUCGGGUAUUUGCGAUCCUGGGCCCACGAAUGAGGUGGUUGAAUUGGACGGAUUGGGAAGCUGGAAAGCUAGACGGCGUCUCAGAUGAAAAUAAUUAUAGGCAGGCUACGCGGGACAGAGUCGUGAAGGAGGCUGUGAAUAUGGAAAGUCCAAGAUUGGAUUAA